CGGGCCCGCGCCCCGACGGCCGCGCGUCAGCCCGUGCUGAGCUGAGCACCGCGGCGCGAUGCUGGCCCUGCUGGCCGCCGGCGUGGCUCUCGCCGUGGCUGCCGCGGCCCAGGACGGCCCGGCGCCCGGCAGCCGCUUCGUGUGCACCGCGCUGCCCCCGGAGGCGGCGCGCGCCGGCUGCCCGCUGCCCGCGGCGCCCAUGCAAGGCGGCGCGCCGAGCCCCGAGGAGGAGCUGCGGGCCGCCGUGCUGCAGCUGCGCGAGACCGUCGUGCAGCAGAAGGAGACGCUGGGCGCCCAGCGCGAGGCCAUCCGCGAGCUCACGGGCAAGCUGGCGCGCUGCGAGGGGCUGGCGGGCGGCAAGGCGCCGGGCAGGGCGGCCACGGGCAAGGACGCCACCAUGGGCGACCUGCCGCGCGACCCGGGCCACGUCGUGGAGCAGCUCAGCCGCUCGCUGCAGACGCUCAAGGACCGCCUGGAGAGCCUCGAGCAUCAGCUCCGUGGGAACGUGUCAAAUGCUGUGCUCCCCAGCGACUUCCGAGAGGUGCUCCAGAGGCGGCUGGGGGAGUUGGAGCGGCAGCUGCUGCACAAGGUAGCUGAGCUGGAGGACGAGAAGUCCCUGCUCCACAAUGAGACCUCAGCUCACCGGCAGAAGACCGAGAGCGCCCUGAACGCCCUGCUGCAGAGGGUGACUGAGCUGGAGCGAGGCAACAGUGCAUUUAAGUCGCCGGAUGCCUUCAAAGUAUCCCUACCCCUCCGCACCAACUACCUGUAUGGCAAGAUCAAGAAGACACUGCCUGAGCUGUAUGCUUUUACCAUCUGCCUGUGGCUGAGGUCCAGUGCCUCGCCAGGCAUCGGCACCCCGUUCUCAUAUGCAGUGCCUGGGCAGGCCAACGAGAUCGUGCUCAUUGAGUGGGGCAACAACCCCAUCGAGCUGCUCAUCAAUGACAAGGUCACCCAGCUACCCCUGUUUGUCAGUGAUGGCAAGUGGCACCACGUCUGCAUCACCUGGACAACACGAGAUGGCAUGUGGGAAGCCUUCCAAGACGGGGAGAAGCUUGGCACUGGCGAGAACCUGGCCCCCUGGCACCCCAUCAAGCCAGGGGGUGUGUUGAUCCUCGGGCAGGAGCAGGACACGGUUGGGGGCAGGUUUGAUGCUACUCAGGCAUUUGUGGGGGAGCUCAGCCAGUUCAACAUAUGGGACCGGGUGCUCCGUGCGCAGGAAAUUGUCAACAUUGCCAACUGCUCCACCAACAUGCCAGGCAACAUCAUCCCCUGGGUGGACAACAACGUUGACGUGUUCGGAGGGGCCUCCAAGUGGCCUGUGGAGACCUGUGAGGAGCGGCUCCUUGACUUAUAGCCCCAUUUCCUCUGUCCAGGGGGCCGGGGCUGGUUGAUCCUGCCAAAAGUUCAGAGGCAUUCACUCCCUGGUGAAACUGUGUAUAAACCUCUUGCUAGAAUGGGUUGCGGCCCCCAGGGCCCCUUCCCAGGGAUUCUAAGGCCCUCUGACAGCAUUUGUCACUGGCUUGUUUCUUAACAAUAUCGUGUUGGUUUUUUCGGGUAGUGCCAGAGUCCCCUGGGAAGAAACCCUGAGUCACAAGGGAGUGCAUACCCCACUUCCUGUUGUGGGUGAGAUGGAAGGCACAGAGCCCCUCUUCCAAACCUGUGUAAUGCUAGUGCAGCCCACCCCCAUGCACCCUCCUGGAUCUCUGGUGUCCCGUGUGCACCUUCUGUCUGUCCCCUUCCUUCUAAAGGGGCUGUGCAGCUGUCCUGCUCGAGUGGCUGUGCUCCUUGUGUCUUGUGUGCAUCCCUGCUGAGUACGCAGCUCAGCAGAGCAUCUCCCAUCUGCAAAAGGGCCUUCCUUUGUGUUCUUGCCGUGUGAGCCUUUCCCGCUGAGAACUCUGGAGCUGGGGAAGGAAGGCGGUUGCCCCAGCAGUGCCCCGCCUUCCCCAAGGUGGAGGGGCUGUGAGGGGGAUCUCAGGAUGGAGGAGGGCCCGGACCACCACCUCUGUCCUCCCCCCGAGACCGAGGCUGCCACUGAACCAUCGCUGGGUAUGGCUUUGAAAGGCCUCUUUCCCAACUGGUGCCAAAGUUCAGUUGCAGCUUUUCCAACCAUCUGAUGUGGCUCCGGGGAUUUCUUUCCUCCCCAUGGAAGGACCAGCCCUUGGAAGGUUCCAUUGUCAUGUCUCUCCCCACGCUGAGGAGUGUGCUAGUUUUUAAUUCACAUUGAUUGUGUGAUUUUGACCGUCUCCAUCAAGUAUUUCCCCCAGGACUUUUUAGGAGAGUGGAUGUCGUUUGGUUGCCAUCUGCUUAGUGACUCCAGACUGCUUCAUAUAUUGGACAGGGGUCAUCAUUUAUUUUAAAGAUAAAGCAAUUGUACGGGGAAAUUUAUAAAGCUAAAUAUUAUAUAUUUUAUUUUUCAUACACGUUUGAAGUACCAAUCUGUGGAAAUUCCAUUUGUAGGGCCAAGCCGACAUUCCCAUCAUAACGUUGUAUGCUGCGAGAUCUGUUCUGAUGAUGGAAUUUUGAUUAAAGUGCACUGGAAGCUG